UCGUUGGGGUGCUGUCUCAUUGACAUAUAAACGGCAUCUCCUGUAUCAAUCUAAUUAAAAUAUAGUUCUCUGAUUUCGUUAUACUCAUAUGAGCCUAUACGAGCGCGCGAGUUAAUAUGGAUCAGAAUUUUAAUCAGAUUGCUCCUUUACAUGUAUUAAUAUUCUACAUCAACUACAAACUUAGUUACUUUCCAUAAACUGUUAUUAGUUAUUUUUCAUUAAAAAUUACGACCCACGAUUUGUGAUCACAUAAAACAUCAAAACAUCAACGUAAAUUUUGCACCUAAACGACUGGAUUCAUAUGCUACUUGAAUGAUACUUUUAGGAGUGGAAAUUUGUUAUCAUAUUUGAAUGUACAAGCAACGCUGGUCGUUGUAGUCUUCAAUGUGACUUCAUUUGAUUUUGUGCAAACAAUUAUCCAGAGGACUCAAAUGAUUUUUACUGAUCAAGGUCCGGGGUAGUCCGAUAACAUUUCUCUCUUGAAAAAAAAUAAAUAUUUUCCCUCAAAGUUACACAGGGUUACACAGAGUAACUUUAAUUGAUACGUUUAUAGUUAUUUGACAUUCGUUAUAACCUGAAAACGUUUAACAAAUAGUCUUUUAUUUAAAAUGAAGUUGAUAAUUCCAGUCAAUGUGGUCUAUUUACACUUAAACUGUAUGUUUUGAUUUGAGGACGCCCAUUUAAGACAAUGCUGCAUCCAUUUCAUAGUCAUCCUUCUCCAAGAUUUGAAUGAAUGAUCGUCCCCUUACAAUUAAAUUUGUACUUACUUUCUUUUUUCCGGUUGACGUAUCUGUGUUUUACGGAAGCCGACUAGGGCUACAUUGAAGAAGAAAAUGUAUUAACGUGAUAACGACAUACUAUUUCGUAAUAACGAGGAGACUAUAUUUAGGCGCAAAUGUACAAAAAAUAUGUCAACGUCUUCAACAUGCGUUGAACAUACUUCAGAAGAAAUCAGAUUCUUUUGCGAAGAAUGUCAUGUUUUUGUUUGUGAUGACUGUGUGUCAGGACAAGGAAAACAUAUAAGAUGUACAAAAGUUAAACUAAGUGAAUAUGGUAAUAAGAACAAACUUUGUUUGAUUGAAAAUGUUGAAGAAAUUACCAGUAAAAAACUCCCACAUAUUAACAAAACAUUGGAACUAGCCAAAAAUGUUAAAGGAUCUUUUAACAAAUCAAUGGAUGAAAACAUUGCAGAUUUUCGAUCAAAAACACAAAAAAUAAAGGCAAUUAUUGAUGAACUACAAGAAGAAACUAUACGAGAGUUAGAAGAAUCUAGGCUAAAAGCAAACGUGAAAUUUGAUGAAUUUAUAAGUUUUCAUCAAAAACGAUAUAGUAAGCUAGCACACGUAACAGAAGAAAUCCAACAACAAAAAGCCGACAUACAGCCAUCAGAUGUUGUAAAAUACGACUUCGAACUGAACAAAAAUUUGAAUACCGAACACGAUUCGGAAACCAUCCCGAAACUCGAACCAUCUCGUUUUGAGAUAGCACAGCAGUACUUAAAAAAAGAAUUCUAUCAAGAUAUUUUUCUAUGCAAGCAAACUAAGGAGGAUGCGAAAACAGAAUCUAAUACAAAUAAAUUGGAGACAGAAGAACGAAACUCUUCUCCGGAUUAUCUAGAACCGGUUUCGCAUGCAAGAGAAAUUAAUUUAGGUUGUACCGUGAAUGAAAAAAUAAUAAUUAAAAACUACGAAGAAAAUUCCAGUGACAUUUAUGUGUCAAAAUCAGGUAAUAAAGGGGCUUCAGCAAUUUAUAAUAAAGAUUUAAACUACAAGACCAUUAAAAAGUUUGAAUGUAAAAAGACUGUAACUUUCAUUGUACCGAAGACGAAUGUUUACGAGGCUUGGGUUAUCGGAAUGGAUAUCAGCGAGAUAAAUUUAAAGCAACCAGAACCACAAUUUACCACUCUCCUUCCACACAUAGAUGGAGAACCAUUUACAGCUGGAAAUAGUAAAAAGCAUGGUUUACUUAUAGGUCUUAAAAACAGAAAGUCCAUCAAACUACUCCAAGAGAUGACUGGAACUCUAAAAAGAACUUCGGUCAUGUACAAAUUGAUUUCCCAUAUACCUGCACAUUCUCAACAUUUGUCCGCUAUUUGUACCGUAUCAACACCAGAGAAAGACAAAGAUAUCGCUGUUUUUCUACAUGACUACCAUUUGACAGGAAGUAAAGAAAAGGGAGCAGUCAUUCGAUGGUAUUCCGGCAAGAAAUUAAAAACGAAUGAGCUUAACAUUUCCAACAAUGUUGAAAUUGAAAAUCCAGUAUACAUGGAUGAGUUUAUAAACGGUAAUAUUUGCAUUACGUGUGCGCCGGACGAUAAAUCGUCGUGGAUACAGCUUCUUGACAAACAUGGGAAUCACAAGAUAAGAUAUCCACCAAAAGAUGAAAUGUCAUUUGAAGAGAACAUUGUAUAUUCAUUUAUUGGCGCUGGAUUUAUGAGAGAUGGUCGUAUUACAAUUUUGGAUCGAGUGAGCUUUCGUCAGCAUCUUUUAGAUGACAAUGGAAAACUUAUUAGAAUAGACCAUUACCAAAACCAACCAUCAUCCUUUGCUGUUGACAUUCACGACAACAUCUGGAUAGGAUUUGACGAUGGAACAGUUCAAGUGAUGGAAUAUAAGGACGGAUGGUAUGAGGACAUUGAAAUUAAUGGUUAAUAUUUUCAAAGAGAUUAUAUUUUAUCUGAACAAUUUUCAAACAAAGCAAACACAGUGGGAUAUGUCAUAAAAAAUUAUUGGAGUAUCUGAGUAUGGAAUAUACACUCUAGUACUCAUUGUUCUCCCUAUUACAUAGUUCUGAGAACUAACACUUGUAAUUUUGAUUAUGAAUUUAUAGAAAUUUUUAUUAUACAGAAAAUUUAGAUAAAAAUUUAUUUAUUUAGAAAUAAAUAAUAUUGACAUAUAAAAACACAGCUGCAACUUAUACGUCACAACUCUAUUCAAUCAUACCAAUGCAAUAUACGUUAAGUUGGUUUCGACAGUGUCAUUAAAAUCGUAACCUGCAAAAGGAGCUGGUAUCUAGAUAUACUAUGUCACAUUUGUUUGGCGAUAAUCAAUACGUAAUUUUCUACGGUUUGUCCAAUAUGUGUGCGCGUUUAUAGCAAAUAGCUAGUACAGCUAUGCAUAAAGGUCUGUACAUGGGGAACUGGCUUUACUCCACCAUUUCGUGCUAUCUGUAUCAUGUUCGUUGUUGUUUGUAUUUGUUUAUAUGUUUAAUUUGGGGUUGCUUUUUUUUGUUGGAGGAGUCGGUUGUUUGUGUUUGGUGUAGUCUGUUGUGUUGUCCAGUUAUUUAGGUUAUUCCUGUUUUACUUUUUAUGUAUUAUAAACUUAAGGUUCGUUUAAGUUUUACCUCUAGUGGUCCAAUUUACACCCCCUUAGUAUAUUUAGGCAAAAAAUCUUAUUUUUUAUUUCAAAUUGUAAUCUGUAACAUAAAAAACCCAAUAUCUUCUAUUCAGGAUUUCAAGAUACUUUUCAAAUAUAAUUUAACAUAUGUACAUGACGCCAUGGAACGUUGGUAUUUAAAAAAACUGAUUAUUAAACCAUUUAUUUAAAUUUUUGAUUAUGAAUUAAUUGUGAAAUACCAGAGUCCUUCAUUUGUUUACCACAGUUUUCAACAAUUUAUUUCUACCGUUGAAGGAAACUUAUUCCCUAAUUCAGGAUUAUUGAGAACAUUGACAUAUAUGAGGGUAGAUCAUGAUGUUUCAGAAACAAUAAAGGACGGUCCAUUUUCCUCUAAAAAAAAAUAUUAACAUGGACACACCGUCACAUUCUGUGUGUGUUUUAUCCGAAGCCAAAAACAUAUAAUCCAGUGAUUGUCGUUGGUAAAUGUCUGUAAUUUUUUGUUUUAGUUCAUUGUUGUAUUUUAUAAACCAGUCUAUUGGCUUUCUAAUUUGAAUUGUUUCAUGUGUCAUACCGGGAUCUUUAAUAGCUUACUUCUUUGAGCUGUAUACUUUUUACAGGAGAGAAAAUAAUGUUGAAAUAUCCACAAAGACACAUGGUUUAAUACUUGCAUGAUACAAAUCCAAGUUCAGCGCACUGCAUUUAUUUCGUUUUCUUGCGUGCAAAACAUUUAAAUAUCUAUCGCCAAUUGUAUAAUAUAAAGGGCGAGUUUUGUUUUUUUAUAAUAUUUCUGUUUGAUUUAAAAUUUAAACUUAUUUUAA